AUGGCGCCAGGGCAUUUGGUCCAUAGUCAUGCACACGAGGAGGCUCUGCCAGGGACGGUCAACCUUCGCGCAGCAGAGGGGGACGACACUGCCUUUGGCCAAGCGUUAUAUCCGGUUCCUGCGGAGGAUCCUAACGACCCGUUACAAUGGCCCGCCUGGAAAAAGUCGAUGAUACUGCUCGUUUGCGCCCUAUACAGUUUCCUCGGCAAUUGUGCGCUCCUAGGGCCGUCUGUAUACAUCGGCCUGUACGCAAAAGAAUUCAACAUUACGCCAACCAAGGCUUCUGAUCUAAUCUCUUAUCCAAAUCUUGCAUUUGGCUUUGGAUCGUUGAUCCUGGUGCCGCUAUAUCUCAAGAUCGGACGUCGCCCAGUCAUGCUGCUGUCCAUGGUAUUUUUCUGCGCCGGCUUAAUUGGCGCAUCCCAAGCGACUACCUUCGGAGGACUAAUGGCGUGUCGCAUCAUCCAUGGGUUCGGCUCCGGUGUUUGCGAAGCCCUGCCGGUGCAGCUGGUUAACGAUGUGUUCUUUCUGCACGAACGUGGCUUGCGUAUUGGCUAUUAUACAAUCGCGCUGUGCUUUGGCUCCACCGGCCCUCUCUAUGCUGGCUACAUGCUUGCGGGAGGAUACUCCUGGAAGCUAUACUUCUACGUCGUUUUCGCCUUUGCCGUCGCCCUACUCAUAUUCGCAUUCUUCGUAGUAGAAGAAACAGCAUACAAGCGUGUAACACCGACGACUCCUCCACCGUCAAUUCUGACCACAGAUAAGGUCGCCGACGCCUCGCACACGGAAACACUCGCCGCCUCCAUCCCAGCCCGUAAAACAUUCGCGCAGCAACUGAAAAUCUGGAAUGGGAUCGACCACGAGCAGGAGUUCUGGAUCAUGAUUCCCCGCUCCUUCACGUACUUCCUUGUUCCGCAGGUCUUAUGGGUGGCUACCUCAUUCGGAAUCUACAUCGGCCUCGGAGCGCUGGCCUUCAACUACACGUUCCCGCUGAAGAUCACAGCACCUCCGUAUAGCUGGAGCGAGACAAAUUCUGGUCUCAUCACUAUCGCGACGUUCCUAGGCUUCAUGUUCGCACUGCCCUUCCUCUCGUCUUCCGACCGCCUAGCCGCGCACUACACCCGCAAGAACGGUGGCAUCCGCGAGGCAGAGAUGCGCCUCGGUGUCAUGCUUCCAGCCAUGAUUAUAGCUCCCGCUGGAGUCAUCCUCUACGGCCUAGCCGCGCAAAACAAUCUACACUGGACCGCCUACUUCUUCGGCGUAGCCAUGGACCAGUGGGGCGCGCUCUUCUACUUUAGCUUCACCCUCGCGUACGCCGUCGAUUCGUACAACGCGAACACGUCCGAGAUGCUCAUCGCCAUGAACCUCGGCAAGCAGGCCAUUAGCUUCGGCAUGGGGAUCUAUUUGCUGGACUGGAUUUUAGAAAAUGGGUUUGCGGUCACGAUAUCUGGGAUCUUUGCGGCGGUGUUGCUGGUGAACAAUCUGAUUCUGGUAGUGUUCAUGGUGUGGGGGAAGAGGAUUAGGGUGUUUAUGAGUAAGACUUGGCUGGCGAGGUUGCAUAAGGGGACGAUCAAGAAUGUGGAGGUUGCUUGAGGCAGACCGAUAUCUGUGGACAGAUGAAAGGCAGGUUUCAACUCUAGUGAUCCUGUUAUUGUAGGCCUACGGUACUUGUUGUAGAGAAGUUGGCUUAAGAACCUAGUGCGAGACGUAUUGAGACGAUAUCAAACGCGAAUGCCUGUUCUUCACGAGCGUGUAAUAUCCCAACAAGCUUCCCUUACCAGUGAGUUUGAACGAGCUGGCAAACGUCAUGAGUGUUCAUUUCUGGACCAUAUCAUUCACGUGGUGUACACAUGAUACCUCGCACUGACCUAGGCCUUCUCUCGCCUUUCGAUUCUCAACCACAUAUCCUCCCAGAAUCCCACCCCACCUUUGACCACGAAACGUCCUGGCUUUUGUUUAUU